UUUCGAGUCGUCUUGUCUUUGUGUUAAUUUUAGCAGAUCUGCUUUCCAAAAGAAGCAAAUGCCACAAAAUCACACGGCUGGAUAAUUACACCCGCAUAUACAGGCGGCACAAAUAUUAUAUGCCUAUUAAAACGCUCGGUCGAUGAUGUAAUACAGCGUUUCAUUUAAUCACGCAUAAGUUAUUUAAAAUUGCUCAAUUUUAGAAGUGACAGCCAUUCAUUUAUUGAGAGGAGUUGCGUGCGCCAUCCGGGCCGCAGGAAUUGAUCCGGCGAGGCGGCUGAUGCAGGCGCGAUCGAAUAAGGAGACGAGGCGCUUCUGCCAAUCGGCUUCACUGCUGCGCCGCGAUCAUCUGGCGUGUUCCGGUCACGAUGCCUUGUUUUCAUCGGCCAACUAUAUCCUUCAUUUGCUAACGUAAAGGUGAAUGAUGCUGCUUGACGGAUAUGCCUGAUUUCUCUCGCUAAGGGCGAGGGAGCGUCUGUAUUUACCAGAUGGCGACGUUUCGAGGUGAUGUUUUAGCGCACGACGCAGAAAGAAAUGCGUGCCGACUUGGAAAAUACGCUCCGUAACCUCCGCGGAUCUUGUGCAUCAUGUCAUAUCUAUACAGAUAUGCCUUAGAUUUUAAUGUAUACCCAUUUUGCAGCGAAUUUCCACUUUUGUACAUUAAUCUCUUCAACUGGCCAUUAUCUGUAUUUUUCGUCUUAAUAAAGAGCUUCCAUGCAAUUGCUUGGAAGGUUGGGAAUUUGAGCGGAAGAUUUGUAAAAUUAAUUGAAACGUUCUCGCGUUGGGAUCGAAGGACUUUUCCCUAAUAUUUUGGAAUUUUACUGCCCAUCCUCUGAUUUUCAAGACACGGACUGGGUGGGUGUGGCCGUGGGAUCGCCAUGGAUACAGGCUCCCUGGCACGUCAGGUGGAGAGCGUGGAGCGCAGCGUGGCAUUCCUGCGGCGGGAGCAGCUACUCCUGCUGCAUGGCCUUCACAUAGAGAUCCUGUCCUUGCAGAAGCGCUGCACAGAGCUGACCCGGGAGCUGAACGUGAAGCCCCCAGGAAGGACCCAAGCAGAGAUCCAGGAGGAGGAGGAGCAGCUGGAGGCCCGGUGUCGGGAGGUGGAGGGCCGGCUCGGCGAGCAGCAGCGCACUCUGGAUGACCUGUGCACAGAGUUGAGCCACAAGGGGGCGCUGGUGGGUGCGCUGCGGGCCAGCCUGAAGGAGAAGGAGCGCAGCUUCCUGGAGGAGCUGAAGCGCCGCAGCCACCGGAGCACGGCGCUUGGGGUGGAGCUGCAGAAGCAGACGGAGGUGGCGGCCUACUUGUCCUUCCAGCUGCACGCCGCCCGGCAGAGUCUGCACCAGCAGCAGCUGAAGUUACACCCGCGGGCGGCUGAACGGCCUCCCCCAGCUUCUCCAUCUCCCUCCACCAGCACCAGGCCCAAACGACGCCACAGGCUGCCCGCACAAGUGCGGGCAGAGCGGGCACGGGAGUGCGUGCCCCGCGAGAGGGUGACGGGCCCGGCGGAGCCCACGGCCAUGCCGGAUCCCGCGCUCUUCCUCCACCCCCGCCGCCACAGGUCACGCCAGGGACACAGACAGCGCAGGGAGAAGCAGGGGGGCGAGCAGCCGGAGGACCUGGAGGAUCAGGUGACCCGCCCCUCGACCACGGCGUCCUCCACUGCUACAGAAACGGAGGCCGAGUAGCUGUACCGUGACUGUGCCCGUCCCCGUCACGCCCUCACCGCCGUCACGCCCUCACCGCCGUCAUCGCCGUCGGGGCCAUCAUCACCAUCGCAUCUGUGAAUCUGUCGCGGUUAGCUUCCCUAAGCUUGUCACUCAAACGUCAAAACGUGGGAUGGAAAAAGAGCAUGACCAACAGGAGUUUCACUGCCUUUGCUUCGAUUCAGCUUCGAUUUUCAUUAUGUUUUAAUAGCUAAAUGUAUGGCCCUGCCCUCAGGCGCCCUUUUGCUUUCUGAUAACCUUUUAUGUUUGGGUUCUUUGGACAGCUCCUAAUUUUCCUGAGAAAUGAUGGAAGUCCCACAUCUCUUGAUGAUGGUACUUGCUGCCUGUGGGCCAGGGGCUGUGUGUGUAUCCUGUUAGGCAGGUAAGAGGAUGCAAAAAUCCUGAUUACCUGGGUGUACUGUAGCUGCAGUUAAUUAUGGGAGCUCGUCAUAAGAUUGAAAAUGCAGAACAGUAAUCUGUUAUAACUGAACUUAACUUCACCAUAAAGUUGUAGUAGUAAUCAUUUUUAUUGGGGAGGGAAUUUCACACAAAAAAACCCUAUAACUGGUUUAGCUAGCUAGUGGGAUAGCUAUAGAUAUGGUACAUGAGGGGCCCAGAUCCAUCCAUCCAUCUAUCCAUCUUCAGUAAAUGCUCACCACCUUUAGAUUAAGGCCAACCCUGAGCCUAACCCCGAAAGCACAGGGCACGUGGCAGGGUGCACCCUAGAUGGGAUGCCAGUCCAUUGCAGAACAUGGGUCCGGCUGAGCUUCGGUUACACAGGGGACGCCACGUCUGCUUACAGAACUCACACUCGGUUCGUUUGUGAAAAGCUGAUGUCUUCACUGCAGCAGCCAGCACUGCAGAGCCAUUCUCCCACGUGAAUGUGUCUGUAUCCUGCCUGGCACAAUGAUUGGCAACUGAUUCAAGAUGCCACCCAGUGGACACAUCUGGUGUAGCAGCUGCACCCCAGUAGAUUAUAGGGCUGCUAGUUUUCAAACUGCGGGGUACUUUAGGUGUUUGUUAAGAGGUUUUGCUGUAGAAUUUCAGAACUUGUAUCAUUAAUGGGUGAAUUAAUGUAGUUUGACAUAUUAAGUCUAAUCAAUAUUAUAGGUAAGCUUUUUUAAAACUAUUUAAAGCAUUGUAUCAUAGAUAAUAGUAAGGACUCUUAUAUGCAGUGCAUAUUUUAUUUAAUUAAAUGAAAGUAAUUUUUACGGGAUGUAUAAUUUGGGAAAUCCAAGGAUAGGUGCAGACCUGUCUGAAAUGGUGACCACACUUUCAUUUUCAGUAGGACGUCUUGUAUGUCCAUCUUGUGGUGAAGCAAAAACCUUCUGCUGCAGGGUAACAGCCGAGAUGGUGAGCAAGGCCUCACCAGACCUCGACGUUAAGGUGUCACGCGACGUGCCUGAAUAUGUCAUGAUCCAUCAUUCCCGACUUUUUAAUAUUAUUGUGUAACACUUUCUGCGCCAUUGCAAGUUUCAGCUGAUAAACAUGAAAUGACUCUUGAUGUUUCUGGAACCUUCCGCUGCGUGUCGCCGCCCCACCAAACUUUACGUAAGGUCGUCGAGUUGUACCUCCGGCAUCCCGCUUUGGUUGUCACCGCUCCGAACGAAAAGGAAGGACAGCGGAAGGAAGGGAAGGUCCGACCGAUGCUCCCGGCCCAGUGCGUGCCGUACCAGACACGCUGGAUGGUACUUGUGGUUUCAGAGGACCUGCUUUGCUGUAUCUAACCCUUUCUUAAAUUUCCGUUACGCUGCUCUGUUCGGCAGCAGUGGAGUGCUGCUUGCGAGGAAAUCCUCCUGUCCUAUACUCCACGCUGCAUGUUCCCCAAACUGGCCCAUGUCUCAUUCAACCUCAGAAUGCCAGACCUCUGAGUUCUCUAGCGGACUUGUCACCGCGGUGUAACACAAUGGAUGAAAGGCAGCAUCGUCGUCACACUCCCGAAGUCCCCUUGCCCAUUGUCAUGUUGUUGGCCCCCCCUAUCCAUUGCACAGAUCACAGUUAAACUAUGUUUUUAAAAGUCAAAGGCAGCAACGGCUUUCAAGCGAUGAGCUACCGAAGAGGUUCAGCCCCUGCUUCCCGACGACGGAGGAACAUUUGAGAUUAUGUCGUUUUAUACACAGUUCCCAGUAGGAUGGAAAAAGUGCACUUUUAUGUAAUGAAUUACCAGGGGAUGUUCAGUCGUUAUGCAUAUAUUAAGGCUUUUAACUACAGUGUGGUGAUUUCAGUUGUUAUCAUUUGCCGGCUGUUAGGAAACAGAGCUGCACAGCUGUUGACGAUCGGCUCACCGCCUUAGUACGGGAAGGGUUACACUGUAGGCUGUGCCUGUAGAUCCAAAUCUGAUUGAUUAGCCUGCAUGACAAACCCACGUAUUCUGACCAAAGCUGUGGAAACUUCAAACAUAUUUGUGGUUAAGCGCAAACUGCAUACAGUUACUGUAUGAGCAAGAAGGAAAACAUUACUGAAUACAGCUGCAAGUAGCAAUAAUGGGGCCAGGGACCCUAGCAGGGCAAAAAUGCCAUGGAAGGGAAUUUAGAAAGAGGAAAUAGAAGAACAUAGAAACAUAUGAACAUAGAACAUACUGUACAUCAUAAGCUAACACACCGAAUGAAACAUUCAAGAAAAACUGCAACAGAUCAGGAAAAAGUAUUGGAAUGGAAUCAGUGAGUAAAAAGAUAUGUUUUUAAAAUUCUGCUUAAAAAAGGGAGAUGGAGGAUAGGUCCUGGAAGCAUUAUGGGAGCCAGUUCCAAAGUUUAGGAGCUAAAAUGCUGAAGGUCCUGCCACCCAUAGAAGAUGAGCGCAGGCGAGGCGCCACUAGGAGACCAGCACCUGCAGACCUGAGGGAGGGGGCAGGUGUAUAAGGAAUAAGGAGCUCUGAGAUACUGGGGAGCAAGACCAUUUGUGACCUUAAAAGUCAUCAGAAAGAGUUUAUACAGAGAGCUACAGGUUGCCAAUGAAGUUCACGGGGGGUGAAGUUAUUCUACUGAUAGUGAGAACUCUAGCAGUUGUGUUCGGAGCUCGAAGGUCUGCAAUAAACCAGUAAAGGCAAUGGGAGGAGGGGGCAGACCUGAGCUUAGUGGGAGUGUAGACAACAGGAGCGUGACACAUAACCUGGGUAUAUUUAGAGAGAAUCUCUGUAGGACAGGAUAGAUCAGUAACACUGGAGAGCGAAGCUUGCAGAGAAGCAGAAAUGAGCUACAAAUGGGAGACAGGUGUAAAUAACUGAGCUACUAAAUUGGAAAUCAUUAGGAUCAUAGGGAUGGCCAGUGACAUCUGCUGGUGAAAUGGUAACAUGAUGGGACUGGCAGAGACCAAUCCCAACAAUUACCAAACAUAACCAGCACGUUUAUAAGGUUCACCCAUCAAAAUGUAUUAGGAAAAUGUGUUUUUGCUUAUUGCAGUGCCCCCAACAGCCGAUAGACAUGAAAUUUGGUGCACAUCUUUACGAGGUGGCCUUGAGUCGAAAUACCAAGAUUGGUUUUAAAACAUCAAAACACUGCUUAGAUAUGGUCACACAUACGGAUACACGGGUUUGCCGCCAAAUUCGUUUGAACUGUUAUUAGCCAAAACGCAUUUUUGCUUAUUGCAGCGCCCCCUAAUGGUCAAAUGACACAUUAUUUGUUUUGCUUCGUCAGAAUAGAGCCCCAUACUCCCAAACUUGGUUUUGAUAUAUUAAAUUGUUGCUGAGAUAAGCCCUCACUACCUCUUUGGUGGCUCUCCAAUCAAUAUUUUUUUCUUAUCAUCAUGAUUUGAUCAACUUUUGGUCAGAACCCUCUGUAGAUGCUUACCAAAUUUGGUAGUAAGACAAUCAAUGCAUUAAUUUUGGAAUAUUCAAGAUGGUGUAAAAUCGAAUAUGGCAGAUUUUAACACCGAUGGGUGCAUUCGAAUCUGGAUGACCUAAGGAUUCAGGGGGGAAACGAUCUCAAAGCUACGACAAACGGUUCAAAAGUUAUAAAGAAAAGAAGUACCUUGAAAUCUGACCUGAUGGUGGCGCUAUAGGGAUGGAUGGAUUGACUCCAAAUUUGGUGAAUGAAUAAAUUAGACUGUCCAAAAUGUGCCAAAUUAAAAAAAAAUCUACUAAUCGAUUGUAUGGGCUGGCAUGGACUCCCAUGGCAGAAAGUAUAAUAAUAGUGAAAAGUUCUAAGGAAUACAAUUGGUGGCUCCCACCGACGGUGCUUUGCCCAUAAUUGUAUUAUUACUAUAGAUGUUUCACCUCUUCUGUAUUCUGUCCAGUUAGAGCCACGCUAUGUCUAACAAUCGCCAUCAUUUUCCUGGUCCAUUGUUCUGUGACGCUACUGAAAGUGUUCGCGGUUCCAUUAGAUUGUAUUCCAGGACCUAAACUUAAUUUUUGUACUAAAUUUACUUAACUAAAAAUGGAUGUCGUACACUUCAUGAAAACGACUAAUUAGGAGCGAUGACAUCAAAAAUCAUGACUAUUAUUUUCAGUGAUUAAAAGCACGCUUUCACACAACAGUUUCAAUAUUAAGUAAGCAUCGUUAAAACUCAUUGUGUGAUUAUCAUUAAAUUUGAUAGCUCUUGGUUUAGUAAAUGUAAUGUUAGGUGUACGGAGUACCAAAUGUUUCACAUUAUCUUGUAAAUUUUGUUAUUUCUAUAAAUAUCAAGAAACAAAUUUAAAAACAAACAUUUUUAUUCUACGUAACACCGCCAUUUCUGUCAUAAAAAUGCACACUUUAAUUUAAUGGUGAACAAAUGUUUUAAUCUUAAAAAGAGGCUGAACCAAACGCAACAUCACUGCGUAUCUAAAGGACUAACUGUGGACACGGUGUUUCAUUUCUUUAUGCCUUUUCUAGCAAUAACACAUAGCAUCUCUUCUUGCAUACGAGGUAUGUUGAAAACAGCUUCAAGUUGCGACCUCUGGAAACUCACAAGCAGCGGUGCAUCUUUGGCUGAGAUUCCUCUAAUUUCUGUCUUAACCGCACAUACUGUGGUUGCUUAACAGAGAGCUUACAGCUGUAUACUUAUUUUAAUAAAACUGAGUUGACUAAAGCUUC